CGUAGGGCUAGUAUGCCACAUUCUCAUAAGAAAAAAAAGUUAAACAGUUUCUCUUUGGUCGGAUCUGUCAAUCCGUAAACAUGGCUCCCCGGUUUGAGAUCGCAGUCGGUCUGCGAAAAGGCCACAAAACAACUAAAAUAUCUGCCGGCAAGAAAGGCAGGGAAGACAAAACCAUCAAAAUAAGACCAGCUAGAUUGAAGGGUCUGCAAACAAAGCAUUCAAAAUUCGUGCGAGAUCUAGUCCGUGAGGUUGUUGGUCAUGCACAGUAUGAGAAGAGAGCUAUGGAGUUACUGAAGGUGUCAAAGGAUAAGCGUGCACUGAAAUUCCUGAAGCGUCGCCUGGGCACACACAUCCGCGCCAAGAGGAAGCGUGAAGAACUAAGCAACGUACUGACUCAGAUGAGGAAGGCCGCCGCCCAGGCGCACCAUGCACACCAUUAAGUGAAUAAACUAAUACUUAAGA